AAUUUUCAAUUCCAAAUAUGGGCUGGAAAUGUAACUAGAUCCGCCCCUCUCUGACCCGUUACGUCCUCUGGAAUAAGAGAAGUCCGAGGACAACUCCCAGCCUGGAAACUUCGGAAGGAGCAGGACAAAGAUUACCAGACAUAUUUCUCAGACAGUUUCAUCGGGAAGUUAUAUCAAUUUGACUCUUUUGUUUCUUCUUCUUCUUCUUCAAUUUUUUUUUUUUUUUUUUUUUUUUUUUUUUUGACACUAAUGGACGAUUUAGGAGUGUCUGAUACAUCUAACUACCCUCUCAGUCCCCGUAUUGUUUUGUUUGAUGCCCUGCUUGCUGAUCUGGAAAAUUCAGCCUUUCCUCUGGGUCGCUAUCCUGUCCUACUGACCUCUGACCCUCCAGUGAACUCUGAUUCCUCAUCCAGUGCUCAGGAUCCUACCCCGAACAGGCCACACCCUCCAGCAUACACCCCACAACAAACUGUUUCUUCUGCAAUGAAGUCGAACGGCUCUCAGAACUCAAACCCAGACAAACUUUACAGUACCGUAUGUAAGCCACGCUUCUCACGCACAGAAGACCCUCCUCCUGCUUUCUCCUCUGCCUCAGUUCUGGGGGGGGGGCUGAGUGAACUUGAUCACUUACUACAGGAGCUUAAUGCCACACAGUUCAACAUCGCAGAUGAGAUUUUGGCUCAAUUCCCCAGCACCAAAAAAGAUGAUAAGUCUUCCAAGUCUGGUCCGUCCUCUACUUGCUCGGCGAAACCCUCAGCUACAUCUGCUACAUUAGAGUUGGACAAACUAAUGGCGUCUCUGUCAGACUUCAGAGUCCAAAGCACACAAACAGCUUCUCCACCUCCUGCAUCCUCUGAAGGCUCAUUGGACAGCAUGUUGGGUCUCCUCCAAUCAGAUCUGAGCAGACAGGGAGUGGCUGCCUCCUCUAAAGGAAACUGUUCCACUUGUCAGAAACCAGUUGUAGGACAGGUGGUAACCGCUCUGGGGCGUGUUUGGCAUCCGGAGCAUUUUCUUUGCUCUGAGUGUGAGUGUGAACUUGGCAAUUGUAAUUUCUUUGAGAAAGAUGGUCGACCAUACUGUGAGCCUGACUACUUCACCCUGUACUCACCUCACUGCGCAGAAUGCAACAAGCCCAUACUCAGUAAAAUGGUGACUGCGCUGGAUAAAAACUGGCAUCCAGAAUGCUUUAGCUGUGUGAAAUGCAGCUGUACAUUUGGAGAUGAAGGUUUCCAUGACCGUGAAGGGAAGCAGUACUGCCAGCAGUGUUUUCUAGCCCUCUUUGCCUCUCGUUGUCAGGGUUGUUCCCAGCCCAUCAUGGAGAACUACAUCUCGGCUUUAAGUGCUCUGUGGCAUCCGCAAUGCUUUGUUUGUAGGGAAUGCUAUAGCCCAUUUGUGAAUGGAAGUUUCUUUGAGCAUGAGGGCCAACCCUUAUGUGAAGCUCACUACCACCAGUCCCGAGGCAGCGUGUGCCAGGCAUGCCAGCAGCCCAUCCUUGGGCGCUGUGUCACCGCGAUGGGUGCUAAGUUUCAUCCACACCAUCUGGUGUGCCACUUCUGCCUGAAACCCCUCAGCAAGGGCUGCUUCAAAGAACAGGACAGCAAACCAUACUGCCACCCCUGCUUCAUCAAACUCUUUGGCUGAGAAGAACGAUGAGAGAUGAUGAAACAUAUACAAUACAAUCAUACAAUACUCAUACAAUACAACCCAGGUGAAAAAAGUAAACUUACAAAAUGUACUUAAAGUGCUCUAUUUUCACGCACUAAAUUUGUACUUAAUAUACUAAAAAUUGUUCAGCCAAAGUCAGUUCAGUAUUGAUUCAGUUCAGUUCAAUGACUGUAAAAUUCAGCAUUUAUAAAAAUGAGUUCAGUUCAGAUACAAAGAGCUCUACAGGAGACAAUUGUUGUUAUUCACUUUGUCAUUUCAAUGUAGAUUCAAUGCAGUUCAAUAAGUGUCUAAAAUCAAUUAUAUAACAAAGUCAAAUCAGCUAUAAAGCAGCUCUGCCUAAAACAGUGGUGUCAUCACCCAGCUCAAUUUAGUUCAUGUUUUGUUCUCAUCCAAUAGUGUCAGUGUAGUCAAAUCAAUAAUAUUACCAAAUAUUAAGUGUCCCCAACUAAGCAAGCCAAAUGCGACAGUGGCAAAGAACCCAAACUCUAUCAGGGGACAGAAAAAAACCUUGGGAAACCAGGCACAAUCAGGGGGCCAGUUCUCCUCUGGUCCAAUAAACGAAUAUGGUGUGAUUAUGAUUCCAGGCUGCAUCACAAGUCAGAUUGUAGAUUGAUAUCAUUCAGAAUAUUUAAUUGAGCUUGGCCAUAGGGGGGUUGGCCAUAGGGGUCAGUGCAGAAUGUUGUACAUGUUUGCAGGGAUUACCUGCCAUUUAGAAAUAAGAGUGUCCAUUUUUGAUGUUGGGUGAUGGGGUCUGUAUUGUAUUUUGCAGCAGGGUUCAGGUCUGGGCAAUGGUCGGGCCAUUCAAACUCUUCUACACCAGACUGAGAAAAGUAUUUUCCUCAAAUUCUCUAGAAUGUCACAGUAUGACAUAAGAUUUGAAAUGAUAGGUAUGUGGUAGCCAAUCCUGUUAAUUAUAAGGGAGUGGAGUGUUUGCAUAGUGCGGUGAUUUUCAAACCUGUUGUGGAGACACAUUAUUACUGCACAUUUUGGAUGUCUCUGAUUCAGCUCUUCAGCUCAUUAGUAGAGAUUGUAAGACCCGAAACUGGUGUGACUGAUAAGUAAGAGAUCCAAAAUGUGCAGUGACGGGGGUCUCCAGGACAAGUUUGAGAAGCCUGUUGAAUAUAUCACUGAUAAAUAACUGUAAUUGAUGAAUUAAUACAAAGGAAGGGAAAGUCUGAGCCCUAUUAAUAAUACUGACCAGCUCAAUUCAUGUAGUAUUCUUGAUCAGCUGAUGAGUUAAUUAAUCCGGGUUAGAUUGGAGAGGCAUCCAGUAUGUGCAGUACUGGGGUUUAAAAACCCUGGACUACAAAAUUAAAAACUUAAUAUGCUUGAUGCAUAUUUGAAUAACAAAUUUAAUAAUAAUUUUAGAUAUCAAAACAACUUUGUGUAAAUAUAGGUAAGUAUAGAUAUUGCAUAAAUAUAAAUAUUUGGUGCAAUGAUCUGUUUGGAAGUUAAGGUAUUUUUUAAAGCCACUAGCUCACUAAAUAAUCAUACAUUCCAUCAGGACCCCUCCCCCCAUAAUAAUUAGAUAGAGCUAAAUUGACCCCCUAAUAUUUGGUAUUCUUGAUGCUGCUUUGGUGCAUUACAUGACGCACCGUACUGUAUGUUGUUCGCAGGGUUUGAAAUUAAAACCCAGUAAAACCACCAAAUGCUGGUGAAAAUCAGUAGCGGUGGAUAACACCAUCAAUUCAUGCAGCAGGUUAUGAUUAUAUUCUUUCACUUUGCAUGCCAUCUUUUUUAGAACCCCUUUCUUAGGAGAAGUCUCCAACAUUACCAAAAUGAGCUUAAUGCUCCAGUUUGUUUUUGACUUUAAUUAGUACUCUUAUUAGUUUUGUAUACUGACUUUUGUACAGAAACAGCUGAUAAUUUUAAUGUACUGACAGCCUGUCAGUUUUAUGUUUAAACAAUAAUUUUGGAGAUCUAUAAUAAUGGAAAUCUAUAAUAAUUAUUUAUACAUUAGUGCUGUUGGAACAGAUUUCACAUAUCCCUCUGUCAUUCAUCCGAGCGUUUUUACUUCAUAUCCGUAUAUGGAAAGAAGUGCAUGCUACUACUAUAAGCAGUGGAAGGUGUUGUAAUAGCUUGAAGCAGCAAAAAAUUAACCAAAAAGAGUUUGCGAGCAAGAACCUAGUCACUCUGCAGGAACAACAAGUGAACAUUUGUUUUACUUUAAAAUAUUGGUACAGAUCACUAGUAGUUCCAAAAAUAACAACUGUACAUGUCUCAGACAUGUUAAUGUUGUGUUUAGUAAUUAAGUGGUAAUUCUUUAAAAUUUGUCAUAGUUAAAUAAUAGUUCUUAAUGAGGCUUAUUCGGUAAUUAUUGAUUACCUAAUAAAAGGAACUAUCUCAGUCCUAAAUUUGCUAUUACUUACUGAUUAAUUAAUCUUGUUUCCAUUUUAGUAGUAGCUGAUGCGUAGUACUUAUUUGUCCUGCAUUACUUCCUGCAGUUGUCUAUUAAUGAAGGGCCAUUAUUCUUAAGUGUUAUUUCACAUUCCUAAUUUCACAAAACCAUGUUUAUGUUGGUAACCAUAUCAGUCUCUAAACCAGUUACUGCUUUGAUCUGCUUGCCUAUAAAUAAGGGAAAUUGUACUAGUUUCCACCAUUUUGCCUUAUCUGAUAUGAAUAUCACAUAUUGACUAAGUUUUAUAUCAUUAUUGUAAUUUUCUUUUAAAGAAAAAAAAAUAAACUACAAAAAAAUACAAUACAGUAUACUUGAUGAAGAAAGAAGAAAGCCAUUGUUUAUAGAAUAAACAGGAAGUUACAUGUUGGUAGCUAAAAAAUAAUAGUAAUGAUUGUCACACAAGUAUUUUUCACUGGAUACUUUAAGACAUUAAGGCCCGGUUUCACAGACAGGGCUUAGCCUAAGCCAAGAUUAGGCCUUAGUUCAAUUAGGAUAUUUAAGUAGCUUUUAUAAAUGUACACUAGAAAAAAAAAUUACUGGUGUGCAUCUUGAGACAAAACAAUUGCACUGACAUAUUUUAAGAUAUGUCAGUACUAGUUGCUUUCAGUUAAAACAGCUCAAACAUGCAUUUUAGUCUAGGACUAUCUUAAGCCUUGUCUGUGAAACUGGCGGUAAGACUAAUACUUUAAGUAUUACACAUGUCAUGCACUUAUUUGUUUAAAUAUAUUUUGAUUAUCUAUGUUGUUGUUGUUGUUGUUUUCCCCCCCCCCUUUUUACAGAAUGAAACAUUCAAUGUAACGCAUUGGAUUACACAUGCUGUCACAAAAUCUUUUUUUUUUGUGUGUGUGUGUAUUUCAGUUUUCAGUUUGAAGACUUGUUUUUGUAAAGCUAAAAAUAUGUUAAAGAUGAGUGCUUUUGCUGUAUUACUUAUACCAAACAACCAGUAAAAUAGUAUGCUUGUCGGAGUAUAUUACUGUACAAUGCUACCAAAGAAAAUAAAUCUCUUUAGUACACAUUCACAAA